GGGAGCCCCAUCUAAUUUUUCCCCUCCUCGAUAUGGAAUUUUGGAAUUUUUGGAAUUUUUUCUCUCUUUUCACUUACUCCUUCCAUGCUAAAUUGCGGCUAAUCUGAGAUCCAUUUUUCCCCAGAGUUCCUGCUUUCUUAGUCUCACUCAGCUAAAGCGAUCUAAGCCCAAACUUCCGCUCUCCAAUUGGGUUGGCUUCUAUUUUCACUUUCGUUAUUCGUUCUUCUCCCUUCAUCCCUCUCCACCUUCCAGCCGCCCUUCACUUCCUCUGUGACUUCACAAGCCUCUUCUUCACUAAAGCUCCCGGACCUUGCAUUGACCGACGACGGAUUCAUGCUCACGGCCAUUUUUGUUUCCAUCCAGUGAAUCGUUUUCUUGCUGUUCACAGAACUAAUGGCUCUCCCUCAGCCUUCCAAAUCAGAGAAGACGAUCCGCCAAAUUGACAUCGCCCAGGUAUCCCUUAGCCUUCAAGAUCGGUUGGGUCUUGCCAAGGUCAAGUACCAGAAUGGUCGUCUUCAGGGCCUGGACCAGAAUGGUGGCCGGAACAGCCUGUCAGGAAGCGACAAACCGUCCGACUCCUCUUCCGAUGUCUCCCACAGUCGAUGCGAGACCCCAAUGACCUCUCCCCCCUUACGGACCUCGAUGUACUCGAAGGAACUACCCCGGUCGUCUCGCAAUAGACAUGCUGUGACCUUCGAUUCCAGAGUGAUGCAGCCGAUGCUGUCCGCCAGCCGAAAGCGUCUCCGGUCGGAUUCAAUCGCAGACCACUCUGCUAAAAUCCCCCGAUCGUCAUGGAAAAGCUCUUAUCAGCUGCCCGAAUCAUCCCCAGGCUUCAACCGUCACCUCUUGAAUCGCCAUCUCCCCUUUGUCAGUGAGACGGCUACAAUUCCCGAGCUCUCCUCUCCGGCAUACCAUCAUCAGUCGGAUGAUGACAAUGAUCCGGACCUCCCAAUCCAUAGCUUCCAAAAUGUGAGCUCCAUGGUGAGCUCCUCACCUCCUCGAACUCCGCCGCCAAAGCAUGCUCGGUUAUCUAGAAAUGAUCGGACCGCACGGCAUGAAGAUGGUGCGGAUCUGCUGCUGUAUUUGGCCAACUCCCCUACUCCAGCCAGUGUCGCCGCGAAGGCUCAUGGUCGGGAGUUCCCCCCAUCCACCCCGCCAAGUCAGCAUGCUGUUCUGCCUUCAUUGACUCCAACACCUGGAGGUGGUGGCGUCUUCCCAAAUUUCAGUACUCCAAACCAGCAAUUCAAUUUCGCUGAUUUUGUCAAUGUGACACCUAGUCCAGCCCAACCUGCCUGGGGUGGUCGCACGCCUGGAGGUCCUGCUAAGACCCCGCUAACAACCAGGGACAGAAGAAGGUCCCACUUGGAGAACUUGUUGCCUCCCGGUGCCGAUAGCCCCAAGACGAGAGCCAAGCAAGCAGGUGUUGUUCUGCAGCUUGGUGGAGAGCUGCGGCCUUAAAACCAUCGUCCCUGGUCAAAAGAGCCUUUUUCUGCUUGUUUAUGCUUUUCACGACUACUUAUGACUCAUGUAGCACAGCUUGUGAUUAUCUCAUGUUCGGUCAAUGUCUUGAUCGUCGGUCUUCACUUUAUCCUUCUUCGUUUCACCUUCUUCCUCUUCCACUUUUCAAGUUCCUUACGGCUCCAAACCCCGUGUCGACUGCUACCGAAUCAUGCAUUGCUGCCCAUACAUACCCUUUCUUAUGUCUCGUUCAACCUGUUCUGCUAGCAAAUCUUUUAUGUAUUCGCCUACUCACCCCUUUCAAUUAAUUGUCGAACGCUCUUUACCAUUUCUUGGUUAUUAUUAGUGAUUACUGGGUGAAACCCAUGUCCGGUACCUUACUACAAAUUUUCUGUCUAAAUUUUUGUUGUAUAUACAUUUGACAUGUCAAUAAUCAAUAGCUUAAUUGAUUUCAA